CUUUUAUGCUUGACCAAAAGUGUACCCAGGGAAAAUAGUGGAACGUAUAAAGGCUUCCCCCAAUCGUACGGAAUUAUGAGUCACCCUCUUGUGUUGCAGUAAAGUUUGUUGUGUGGAUAACGAACAGAGUGUUUUUCCAACCAUUCAUACUAGUUUGAACUUCAGGGAUUGUAUCAAACAUAAGCUGAGUAAGUAAAUAUACCAGACCUUCUGUUGAAAACCGUCGUGUUUCAUGGCUGCCAGGAAGGAAAUCAUGUAUUCAGCACCUCACGAAAACCAUGAUGCCACCCGUCUGACUGUGGCAGACAUCCUCUCCACAAUGGCCAAUUCUGUUGACGCAAUGACACCUACUACGCUGUCUUUACUGGAUGGACUUACCGGUGUGCCUACAAGAACAACACCCACUUUAACACCUACAACACUUAGAAGCAUUGAACAGACUUUCUUGGACAUGGCAGCCAACCAGAUGUCUCAUGAUAGGGAAGCUGGUUUUGUACCACCUAUGGUGCCCUCAAAUUCAUUUUCGUCCACAGCUUCAAAUUAUACUGUGACUGUUACAACGUCAACUGAGCAAGAUGUGAAACCCCAAUGGCCUGGAGCCUCUUCUGUUCCUAAUAACAAUAAUAGUGAUUCACCACCAGCAGGACCAAGAAAUACAGGAAGACGAAUGAGUGUGGGCAGUAACAGCAGCAGUAGUAACAGUGGCUACAGCAGUACAGCAAUGAGCUUCACUUCCGGUUCUGCACGUCGUGGUGGUGGUCGACGCAAAGAGGAUCGUGACAGAGACGAGCCCGGUGAGGACUCGGGCAAAAGGUUGAUGCGGCGCGAACGAAACAAACAAGCUGCUGCCCGUUGCCGUAAACGACGUCUGGACCAUACGAUGGCUCUCCAACAGGAAACGGAGUUGUGGGAAGACAAGAAACAAAUCUUGCAGAAUGAGAUCCGUCAGUUGCAAAAACACAAAGAAGAGCUGGAACAGCUUUUGGAUUCUCAUAGACCUCAGUGCAAGAUGAUGAGAAAGACGGGCCAUUAUCCGUCGAACAACAAAGCACCUCUACUUCCCGCUAUGCCUAACCUAAUGCCGAUACCAAAUGUCCAGCAACCCCAACAACAGCAGCAACAACAACAACACUCCCACGUUCAGCAGCAACCAAUCAAAGAGGAACGUCACGAAAGCGAUGAAUCUUCAUCAGACGGCGUCGGCUUAAUCGAGUUCACCCGACCUACCAUAGCACCACGCCCUCGUCCUACAACGCUACCCGUCGCUUCCCCCUUUACAAAUGCUCCACCGCGUAAUUCUAGUUGGCAUGAAAUCGCCGGUAUCGCAAUCACUACACCUUCAUCCGGAAUCCCUGGAUUCAACUUUGACUCGCUCAUGGAGGGUGGGACAGGGCUCACUCCCGUUGUGCCUAGCCCAUCGUGUGGCACUCAGCAACAACGUAGUAACGCAGGAAGUAAUGGAACAACUCUGCCCGUUGAUUUGUCCAGUCCUGAGGCUGUAAACCGAAAACUGGUUUCACUUUGAUGCGUUUCUUAGUAGAUAAUUAUAAUCUGAAGUUACUUUUUUAGGGGAAAAACUGGGUAAAACUUAUAUGAGGUUGCAAAUAGAUUUGUAUACCUUUUGCCCCCUAUAUUUAUUUUUUAAACAACUGAAAGAAAACAAUUGUAGUAUGUUACAUACUAAAAAAAUUCUUCAAGCUCAUUCAAUCACUAUCGAUUGACCUAUGCAAAUCAAUGUCUUUAAAAGCCUUAAUAAUUGCGGGAAUCGCUUUUAAAAAAUUUCUUCCUACUAUUUCUAAGUUUAGUUUUUAAUCCAACAGAAACUAACAUUGGGUUGUUUGAAUUCACACGUGGUUUACCCCUUUGCUCUCCCACAGGACCCUUUUGCAUUCCCGUUGCUCCACUAGUCUCGAGCGAUUCGAUAACGAGCGCCGUUUCUUCUCCUUUUUUUUUGUUAGCUCCCGUCCCUUGGUUUUUUUUCCUACGCAGAAUUUAUGUAGAUUGGCUACAACGAAGUCUAUUGCCAAUCCAUGCCUUUAUUUGUUUUCAAAUUGUAUUUUGUCAUAAAAUCGAAUGCCACCCUUGUAUAAUCCGCUUACAUUGAUGCAAUAAACAACAUUUGAUAGCUUCAA